CCCUGGUGGUGGGAGGUGGCCGCGGGGAGGGAGGCAGGGCAAGAUGGCGGCCGCCUCGCUGUGGAAGGGGCUGGUGGGCGUCGGGCUCUUCGCCUUGGCCCACGCCGCCUUCUCCGCCGCGCAGCAUCGCUCCUACAUGAGGUUAACAGAAAAGGAAGAUGAAACGUUGCCAAUAGAUAUAGUUCUUCAGACACUGCUGGCCUUCGCAGUGACCUGCUAUGGAAUAGUACAUAUUGCAGGAGAAUUUAGAGACAUGGAUGCCACUUCAGAGCUAAAAAAUAAGACAUUUGACACAUUAAGGAACCAUCCGUCCUUUUAUGUAUUUAAUCAUCGUGGUAGAGUGUUGUUCCAGUCCCCAGACACAGCGAAUUCUUCUUCAAAUCAAGAUGCUUUAUCAUCCAGCUCAUCACUGAAGUUUCGAAAACUUGAACCUCUGCGCCGUUAACAUUUUUACAGAUUCUAAUCCUAGAACAGGACGCUAAGCUGUAAUAUUGGAGUUGGGGAUGUAAACACUUUUUUUAAUUUCUGGAGCAGUAUUUAUAUUGAUCUUCCAGACUUUAUAAAAUAUAUGUGUAUAUAUAUAAAUAUAUAUAACUAAGGACCUUCUUUGUACACUGUUAACGAAAAUAACUGAAUUGUGAAUUGGCAAUGCAGUGUAAGUUAUUGCUACAAUUAUGCUGUGAAACACCUUUUCAAACUUUCAUACAUUAAACGAUGUUAAAUUUGAUUUCUCAGUUAAAACCAAUCUUACCUUUAGCAAACAGCAAAUGAGUUUCUAUAGCAAUUAAUUCACUUUGACAAGAGGGAACGUUCUAAUGCUAUUUGUUUUUGUGGUUUGCUUGCACUACGGUUGGCAGAACUCCUUCAGAGAUAUGGUGCAUUGCAUUGUUAAUGGAGCUUGAAAAAGGGGAGAGAAUGUGGGCGGCCUCCUGCUCCUUGGAAAGCUAAGAUGCACCUUUGGAUGCAAGUUUGGGAGAUGAAAUGAUGCUUGUCUUUGUUUUUUGUUCUCUUGCAGUGCUGAAAAGUGGCAGCCAUAAUGUUUUCUAACUUCCCAUUCUCGGGUUCUUUUCUUGUUACCCUUCUCUGUUGUCAGAUGUAGACAGUCUUGCUGAACGUACCCCAGAGAUAUCUGUACGUGUGCGAGGGAGGCAUUCAUUUCUGUUGGGAUGAUCUAACAUGUUCAACCUGUUUAUCUGCUGUAUUUGUAUUGUUCUCUUUGCUUGUAUAUGCAGGAGCAUUUACCAAAUGGCUGAGUAAUGUUUCAGUACCUUAAAAUACCACCAUGCAAGCUCCAGAGUCAUCUUGGUAUGGAUGUAAGUAGGGCAUGGAGAUGAGCAUCCCCAUUAGCAAGCCAAAAGCGUGUUCCUGGGCCAGGUCCCUGCUGGGGUUAGCAUAGCAAGGGCAGCUGUGUCCCAAUGCGACUGCCCCAGCCUUGCCUGCUGGACCUUUCACUGAAGUAAGAGCAUUUUGUUUUACUUUGGAGCCAUUUGGUGAUUUCACAACAACCUUGUUGGGGGGGUCGGUGUUCUCAGAGGGGUGCAGCUGCCCUUAUGUUUGACCCAGGCCUGCAUGGUGAGGCUAACUGAAAACCACUCUUCUGUGCCUGUGGCAUGCCUGAGACUGCAUGGAGGCACUGUAGAGGUCCAACUAGAAUCCAGGCUGCUUUGAUGCCACCGCACCCUCCCACAGGCACUCAGCCUUUUCACUAGGUGGAUGUUUAGGUAAAAGCAUUCCCUGCCCGUUCUAGCCCACCAGCCAUGCAGGAGGGUUAAGACCCAACUGCUUGGGAAGCCCCCAGGGCAAGCAGAAUGCCCACAGUUAGUGUUCCCCUCCCAAGAACAGCGCUGAGAGCAAGGAUAGAUGACUGCUCUAGGGCUAGCUGAGAGGCAGUUUCCCACAGCCAGGUCCUUGGGUUCAGUUAGACAUUCAGAAGGGGCCCCUAGCUGCAGCAGCAGCUGCUCCACAGUUAUUUUGCACCAUGGGCAUUGCAGAUGACCCAAGGACAGUGGCACGUCUCAGAUGCUGAGUUCAACUGCAGCCCAUGUUCAGCUCAUUUCUCUUGUCAAGCAGAGCCACUUUGGCCCUGGAGCCACAGUGAAGAUGGCUGUGCAUUCCCAAUGGGCAGCAUGCCCCAGCUAGCUGUGGAGGAGCUCUGAGUUAGGGAAAGGAGGGGCAAGUGGGCACAGGCAAGGCACCACUCACUGUGUGGCAGGCCUUUUAAUUUCAUUUGGCAGCCUACCAUUUGCAAAAGGCCUGAGAGCAAGGCUACUUGCUCGCUAACAUCUAGGGAGCCCCUUGGGCUGCAUAGAGCCACCCAGCACAGACAGUGCUGCAUGAAGCCUGGAGUCAUGCUCCAAGCAAGCUGUCCCCAUCUUGUGCUGUGGCUCAGGAGCCUGCUAUGCCAUGGCAGCUGCCUCUGGCCAGUUAAUUGCACAAGGAGUAGCCUUGCUCUUUGGCAACUGUUGUCUCACCAAGCUGUACAAAUAACUUUUUUUUCUUAUCUUGCAAAUAUCCAAUAAAGAACUGCUACCCUGAUGGA